UGAAGAGUCGCACUGGAUCGCCAACGAUGGCGGACGAGGUGCGGGCAGCAGCGCCUCCGCCUGGGAAGAAGAAACCAGCGCCUCCUCCAUCAACACAUGCCACAUCUAGUGUUCCGAAGCGACUGUCGCGCAUUUUGAACCUCAACGACCUGCGCCAAGAGUCAUCGGGCCAUGCAACUCCACCAACUGGAGCGUUGGGCGUCCACCCUCCAUCCGGCCAAACGGACAAAGCCCUCCUUGUUGAUCGAAUUUAUGCCAAAGGAAUCAAGCGCACACUUCUCCAGGCGCAGUUGUUUCCACCAAACAAAGAAACCGGGUCGAAACUCAGUCCGUUUACUCUACAACCUCUUGUCCCACCAAAUCCGACAGAAAAGGCACUCGUACCUCGUCGUCCGGAGCCACUGCAUUCACCUUUGUCUCCGACCGGGAACAAAGGAAGCCUAACGGCAUCUCGCUUCGUCAUUCCGAAAUCGCCACCUGCCUCCGUGGAGCCAUCGCCACCUACUCCAUUAAGCGCCCGUGAUGCGUACUAUUUGGAUGUCCGCCGCCCGCAAGCCAAGAAGCCAAAGUUUGUGUCGCCACCCGUCGCUGUUCCGCGCCAGUCGACGCUGUCGAUUCAAAAGCCGGCAGAUGGAGUUGCUCCACCAACUCGCGCGCAACUGCUCCAGAAGUCGACGCAGCUCAAGACGUUCACGGAGAGUGUUGAGGAGAGCAUCUUGACGUCCGGGGUGCCGAAAGACUCCUUUCUAUACCUGGCCCGCGCCGAAGAUAACCCGUACAAACUCGUUGUGGUCGAUCACGCUGCCAUCAACGUGCAUGACUACUACACGAUGAGUCGCGCCGGCAUCACGCACUUUUGUGACGGAGUGCCGGAAUUCACCUACCUCGAAACAUUUGAACGGGAGCAUUACAUGUUUUCGCUCGUGCGGGAGAUUCCUUUCUUCCAAAAGUACCGAGUGUGGAAGCAGUUUCGGACGUGGAAAACCAACGUCCGCGCCGUCAAGACGGCACUGUGCAAGCGCGUGCUCACGCAAGACCUGUUCAUCCUUCGCCCGACGCUCCACGGGGCGCUCAUGGAACUCCGGACUCUGUGCUACAACAUGGGGCUCCUUCGAGUCUUUUCGAUCGAAGCACGACGCACGUACACCCUGAUAGAGUUUUCCGAGUGCCAGCAAGUUCAGAUGACAGACACGCAGACCCGGAUCGGUGAAUUCGUCAAGGCAAUCGUCGACACAACGCACACGACAUGCAACGCGUUUUUAAGCGACUUUCUCUUGUCAAACGGAUUUGCCACGCCCGAGAAACUCCCGCCCAACUUGGCAUCGAUUCUGGCGCUCAUGGGACAGAGUGCAUCGUCUGAGGACGAUGGCCAGCCACCCAACAAGAGCCCAGACGACGGACACAACGAGACAAAGGCCGUGUGGCAAAACGGCCGGGCCGUCACGUUCACCGAGCGCGCCGCAAUGCGCACGCAGUGCCGGAAAAUCACCAAGUUGAUCCGACUGGUCGAGUUUUUUGUCGUCGAUUCGUUCAUGUUGCUUGGAGUGGUGUCGACGCAGUGUUUGCUGGAGGAGAUGCGGCGGCUCGCGAGAGUCCUCGCGUCAGAUAUCCAUAACGCACUGAAGCCGAAGCAUGCGCCAGUCGCAACGAGUCCUCCAACGGCGCCUGCCGGCAAGCAAAAGCUCAAGCUCCAUGCCAUGCCACCGCCAGCCGUGGCACCACUGUUUCGAGUGGAAAUUCACCUUCAUUUGGUGCCAGAACACGGUUCGUCGUUUCGGUCGGACUUGCUCUUCACGCCAAGCUGCGACGAGCUCCGCGCUGAAUUGGAAAGCGUGGUCUUUUGCGGCCUCAAAGCCGCAACAAAGCGGGAUCGGCUCAUGAGCCACACCGAAUUUGGGCCGUUUGUUAAGCCUUCCCUCGACGAGAUCUCGAACGGCGAGCUCUCGGCGGGCCUCAACUUGGACAUGAUCGUGCUGGAAGACUCGCGGUUCCAGGCCAUGACGACAGGCAUUGUCGACUUGAUCACGCAAUCUUACGACGACUUGGCCACGUUUACGCAAUCGCUCGCGACAUUCCAGGCCGAAUUCAUUGAAAACAUGACAUUUCGCCAGGUCGCGUCGAAUCUGACGGACGCGACCAACUUGGGCCGGUCGAUCGAGGACCUGCGCGAUCAACUCGACAAGUAUACCGAGCAGAUUGCUCGCUUCGACACACUUGCCGACUCGGCCGUGGUUGGGCUCAUCUUGGCCGACUGCCGUGCACUCAAUGCGACGCUAAAGCCGUCGCCUCGACAGUGUAUGGAUGCGCUGCAUGUUCUCAUUCCCACCAUUGCCCAGCACAAGAACGAAGACCUGAUGCUCGAGGUGUCCAAGGCUAACGACGCGAUCUCCUCGAUCCCGACGACUGUGGACGAGUUUGCCCAGGCGCUGGCGUCGCUUCGAGAUACGCAGUCCAAGAUGAAUGGCCUAGACGACCGCUACAUGUUCUUGAAGAUGCUGUAUGGGCUCACAGACGAAUACAAGAUCCACGUAUCGGACUUGGAUUCGACGAAUGCUUUUAUGCUUGCCCAAAAGCGCGCGCAGCUCAAGACGUCGAUGGAUCUGUUGGACACGUCCACCGAGGCGUACACGGAGAAGUUUUCAAAAGAGCUCGAGAAGAAGAUCCCGAAACUGACGGCGCAGAUCCAAGAGCGGCUGGACGAACUCAACGACGAGAGGCUCAUCUCGAUCUCAAGCGAUGCUUCCGACAUGCUCGCGAUCUUGCAAGGCAUUCACGAACGCCUGGUCGAACACGAGGCGACGAGUGUCAAGUACGUUGGUUUUCAGAGGACCCUCGGCCUUGCACAGAGCUCGUUUGAUGAGCUGGCUGUCCUGCGGGAAGAUUUGGAGAUCAAAAUUCAGGUGUGGAAGGCCACCAAGGACUGGGCAACCCAGGCCGAUUUAUGGCGCGACGCUGCGUUCGCCGAUGCGAACGUGACGGCGUUGGACGAAAAGAUCACGGCAUAUUUCAAGAUCGCGCUGACUUGCGAGCGGUCGCUGCCGGGGAACCCCGUCGUCCAUGCGCUCAAAGAAGCCGUCGAAAGCUUCAAGGAGACGCUGCCGAUCGUCAGCGACUUACGAUGCCCUGCGCUUCAGGAGCGGCACUGGCAGGAGCUGACGGAAGUCUUGCACUUCGACGUGAUGGGAGAUCCAACCCUAACGCUUGGCCGCCUCGUUGACAUGAAGCUGCAAGAGUUCGCGCCAAGCGUGAACCGCAUCGCGACGGAAGCAACGCAGGAAAAGUUGCUCGAGAACAUGCUGAUGCGGAUUACGAGUCUUUGGGCAGACUUGGAAUUUGACAUCAAGUCGCACAACGAUCGCAAGGACUUGUACGUCCUCGGCGCGACGGACGACAUUGUGAGCGCGCUUGAGGAGAGCUUGAUCAACAUGAACACGAUCCUGGGGUCCCGCUACGUCGGUCCGAUUCGAGACGACGCCGUUGCGCUGCACAAGCGUCUAGUGUCGUUUCAAGAAACUGUGGACGAGUGGAUGGCGUGCCAGCGCGAAUGGGUCUACCUCGAGACAAUCUUUUCCGCGCCCGACAUCCAGCGCCAAUUGCCGUCGGAAGCGCAAAUGUUUUCCGUUGUCAAUACUUUCUGGAAGGACUUGAUGCUCAAGACGCAUGACACGCCCAACUGCAUGAAGGCGACGGCGGCGCCAGGCCUGUGCGACACCCUCGUCAAGCACAACCAUUCCCUCGAGAAGAUGCGCAAGUCCCUGGAAGACUACCUCGAAACCAAGCGACAGUCGUUCCCUCGCUUCUACUUUCUCAGCAAUGACGAGCUGCUCGAGAUCUUGGCCCAUACCAAGGAGCCACAUGCAGUCCAACCCCACUUGUGCAAACUGUUUGACGCGAUCAUGCGGCUCGAAUUUGGCGACGCGCACGGGUCCAUCGACAUCCUCAGUAUGAACUCGGCCGAAGGGGAGCGCGUGGCGUUCGGGCGCAACUUGAAAGCGCGCGGCAAUAUUGAAGACUGGCUCAAUGCGGUGCAAGUGAGCAUGACGACAUCCCUCCAUCGGUCCAUGAAGGCUUGCGUCGGAGACUACGAACCAGCCCAGCGAGAUAGCUGGAUCUUUCACCAUCCAGCGCAGUGUGUGGCAAGCGUCACGUACAUGGUGUGGGCCAAGGAAUGUGAAGCGGCGUUCGGGGUACCUGGCGGGCUGGAAAAGUGGCACAAAACGAUCGUGUCGCAGCUGGGCGGCCUCACGCGGCUCAUUCGGUCGCCACUGACCAAGCUUCAGCGUUGCAUCGUGACGUCGCUCGUGACGACGGAUGUCCAUGCCCGCGACAUUGUCGAGGAGUUGAUCGAGCUCAAAGUGCACGCUGCGCACGACUUUAGCUGGAAAAAGCAGCUUCGGUACAUGUGGGACGCAGACGCGGAUGACACAGUGAUCCAGCAGUCCAACGUGACGAUUCACUACGGCUACGAAUACAUGGGCGCGUGCUCGCGACUGGUCAUUACGCCGCUGACAGAUAGGUGCUGGAUGACAAUUACAGGCGCGUUCGACUUGAAGCUCGGCGCGUCGCCGUCGGGGCCAGCCGGAACAGGCAAAACCGAAACAUCCAAAGACCUGGCAAAAGCCCUUGCGAUCCAGUGCAUUGUGUUCAACUGCUCGGAUCAAAUCGACUACAAAAUCAUGGCCAAACUCUUUUGUGGUCUGUCGCAGUGUGGGUGCUGGACGUGCCUCGACGAAUUUAACCGCAUCGACAUCGAAGUGCUGAGUGUGAUCGCACAGCAGCUCAUGAUCCUGCGGCACGGACGACUUGCUGGCACGACCGACUUGUGCUUUGAAGGCCGCACGAUUCUCCUGCAGGACCACCACGUGAUCGUGACGAUGAACCCUGGGUACGCGGGCCGCACCGAGUUGCCCGAUAACCUGAAGAUUUGCUUUCGGCCGGUGUCCAUGAUGGUGCCAGACUACAGCUUGAUUGCCGAGAUCAUGAUGUUCUCCGAGGGGUUUGACAACGCAAAGGACUUGAGCAAAAAGAUCACCAAGCUGUACAAGCUGUGCUCGGAACAGCUCAGCCAGCAGACGCACUACGACUUUGGCAUGCGCGCUGUCAAGACAGUGCUCGUCAUGGCUGGUGGGAUGAAGCGGCAGCAGUCGAAUGCAGCCACCGGAGCGGCCGUCACUAGUGAAGAAUUGCUCCUCAUCCGAGCCCUUCGCGAGGCCAACUUGCCCAAAUUUGUCGACGACGACCUCGUGCUAUUCCUCAUGAUCAUCCGCGACUUGUUCCCGAACGUCCAAGUGCCGGAGGCGCAGUCCAGCGCGCUGGAAGAAAGCAUUGUGCAGCAGAAACGGGGGAUGGGGUACCAAGACGUCCCGGCGCUCACGAGGCGCACGGUCGAGUUAUUCGAGACGCUGCAAGUUCGUUCCGGGGUAGCGUUAACGGGCUGCAGUGGCAGCGGCAAGACUACAUGCUACACGCUUUUGAAGAAGGCCAUGGCGGACCUUCGCGAUGACAAGCAGAGUGCCGACCGCCGGUUCCAGAAGGUCACAGUCCAUGCGCUCAACCCGAAAUCCAUUUCGCUGGGCGAGCUCUACGGCAGCUUCCACUCCCUCACGCACGAGUGGAAGGAUGGCCUGGCGUCGUUUCUCAUGCGAAGCAUCAUCACCGACAACGCGGAGAUCAAAGGCGGUCCCGACAAGGAGGUCAUCCCAUGGCUCGUAUUUGACGGCCCGAUCGACGCGCUUUGGAUUGAAAACCUCAACACGGUCUUGGAUGACAACAUGACGCUGUGCCUUGCCAACGGCGAGCGCAUCAAACUGCUUCCUCGAAUGCGCCUCGUCUUUGAAGUGUCCGACAUGAACUCGGCCUCGCCUGCGUCCGUGUCGCGCCUCGGCGUGCUCUACUUUUCAGACAAAACGCUAGGUUGGCGGCCAUGCAUCGAAACGUGGCUGUGCGAGACAUUUGGCACGGACAUCGAUGCCAAGUACGGGUCCACCAAGCUGCGCGGCCGCGUCCUCAAGCAGCUGGAAGCGCUCUUGGACGAGCCGUGGACGUAUUCGUUUCCACUGCCGUUGCAGACAACGUUCUUGAGUUUGGUCAUGAAUGGGUGCGACCUCUUCACGACCCUCCUCCACCGCCAACAAAAGUGGUUUCCUUCCGCGGACAGCGACAGGCAGCACAAAUGCUUGGACAUGAUCCUUGUGUUUGCAAUGGGGUGGGCAUUUGGCGGAAAUCUGUUUGAGAACGACCAGCGCCAAUUCAACCAGCUCUUCAUCGCGUGGAUCGCUGACCAGAAGACGCUCUUUGUCCCGUCCCUGAUGCAGGUUUGUGGGAAGAGCACUGGCGGCGCGGCAAGCUGCGUCGGCACCGGGUCCUCUCGGACCAUGGCGUGCAUAUUUGAUUUUUCCAUCGACUUCACAGAGCUUGCGUGGUCCCAUUGGGACAACUACGUGCCAGCGUUUGCCUACCAAAUGCACACGCCGGUGUUUAACAUUAUGGUUCCAACCGUCGACGUGACCAAGUACUCGCGCUUGUUCUCGCUGUUGGUGGCCGCGAUGAAGCCGGUCUUCCUGACGGGAGAUACGGGCGCUGGAAAGACCGUGAUUGCUCACUCGGUGCUGGACAAAUUGGCCGCGACCGGCGACAUCCACGGAACAGGAGUGAUUCCAGUAUACGUGCACUUCUCGGCGCAAACAACGAGCGCGACGACGCAGUCGAGCAUCGAGUCGAAGCUUAUCAAGAAGCGGAAAACGCUCCUCGGCGCUCCAGUCAGCCAAAAGGUCGUGAUUUUCGCCGACGACAUCAACUUGCCGGCGGCUGACGCGUACGGAACGCAACCGUGCAUUGAGUUGCUCCGGCAGCUCCUCGACCAAAAGGGCGUGUACGACCGCGAAAAGUACUUUUGGAAAGACGUAUCGGACACCGUCAUCACGGCCGCUGCGGGACACCCAGGUGGCGGGCGGCAAGUGCUGAGCCAGCGCUUCAUGCGGUACUUCACCGUGUUUUCGCUUCCAGCCGGCAACGACGACGCGAUGCGCGUGAUCUUUAGUGCAGUUGUACAGGGCCACCUCCAUUCGCUCAACUUUUCCCCCGCCGUGCGAGACGCCGCCACGCACGUGGUGGAUGCCACGAUCAGUUUGUACAGCGCUGUUUCGUCCGAGCUUCGCCCGACGCCGUCCAAGUGCCACUACUUGUUCAACUUGCGCGAUGUGGUCAAGGUGUUUGCAGGGGUGUUGACGCUUCGUCCGUCGUUUUCAGUGGACGGAACGGUGAAGUUGUGGAUGCACGAGUGCCUGCGAGUGUUCUGCGACCGCCUCGUGAGCAAGCAAGACAGGACUUGGUUCACCACGACGUUGAUCCAACUCGUCAACAAGACAUUUCGGAUGGGGUGGACGCACGACGGAAUCUUUGGAUCGGACGACGCGAUCUCGGUGCUGUUUGGGUGCUUCGGGACGGGCACGGUCAAAGAGUACGACGAAAUCGCCGACAUCGCAUCCCUUGAAGAUCUCCUCAACUCGUUCGUGGACGAGUACAACAGCUCGCACUCGACGCCGCUGACGCUCAUCUUUUUUCGCGACACGAUCAUGCAUGUGUCGAGCAUGGCGCGGAUUCUCAUGCAACCGCGGGGAAACGCCAUGUUGAUUGGGGUCGGCGGGUCCGGCAAACGCAGUCUGGCCAAGCUUGCGGCUUCCAUCAUGGGCCACGACUGCUUUGAAAUCGAGUUGACGCGGCACUACGGCCGGAACGAAUUUCGGGAGGACCUCAAGACGCUCUUGGUCAAGACGGGCGUCCGGGGGAAAGAUACCAUGUUCUUGCUCACGGACACGCAGCUCAUCUCGGACGAGUUUGUGGAGGACAUCAACUCGCUCUUGAAUGCUGGCGAGAUCCCCAACCUGUUCACGCACGAAGAAUUCGAAGCCGUCAUGAACGACAUGAAGCCGAUUCUCCAGCAGCUUUCACUCGACGACACGCGGCAGAACGCCGAGCGCUCGUUUGUUCAGCGCAUCCGAAGCCACUUGCACAUCGUCCUGUGCAUGUCCCCUGUCGGAUCCAUGUUCCGAUCGCGGUGCCGGCAGUUUCCGUCGCUCAUCAACUGCACCACCAUGGACUGGUACGAGGAAUGGCCGACCAGCGCCCUCCUGUGCGUCGCGGAAAGCUACUUGAACGACGUCGUCCUGGCCGCCGAGUCGUCGCGAAAGGCGCUCGCGCAAAUGUUUGUGCAAGUGCACCACAGCAUCGGCCGCCACACCGUCCUCUUCCGUCAGGUGUACCAGCGCCAUGUGUAUAUCACGCCCAAGACGUACCUAGACUCGAUUCGGCUGUACCUGCGCAUGCUCAUGGAGAAGCGGCAGCAGGCCAAGGAAGCGUUCGACCGGCUCAGCACGGGUGUUAUCAAGCUCGAAGACACAAACCGCAUCGUUGCGGCUCUCCAGAUUGAGUUGACAAACCUGCAGCCUACGCUCGCUGCCAAGGCCGUGGAAGCCGAAGAUCUACUCAAGCAGGUCUCCAUUGACCAGAAGGAGGCGGCAAUUGUGGAGCAGAAGGUGAGCCAUGACGAAGCCGUGGUAAAAGCCCAAGCGCACGAAGUGUCUAUCAUUCAAGCCGAUGCUCUCAAAGACUUGGAGACGGCCAUGCCGGCGCUGAACGCUGCCGUGCAAGCGCUCGACUCGCUGGACAAGAAGGACAUCACGGAGGUCCGAAGCUUCGCCAAACCUCCUCAAAUCGUGAUUGUCGUCAUGGAAGCCGUGUGUAUCAUGGUGGGCGAGAAGCCCGACUGGGACACGGCCAAGAAGCUCCUGGCCAAAUCCACUUUCAUGCAAGAACUCAAAGAGUACGACAAAGAUAACAUCCCACCUGCGACCCUCAAGAAGAUCCGAAAGUACACCGAGAGCCCCGAGUUCGCCGUCGAGGAAGUGAAAAAGGUGUCCAAGGCCGCCAUGAGUCUGUGCAUGUGGAUUCAUGCAAUGGACGUAUACGCCAAAGUGGUCAAGGAGGUCGGGCCCAAGCGCGACCGGCUCAACCAGAUGAACGCAGUCCUUCAGGACGCCAACGGCAAGCUCGCAAAGAAGCAAGCCGAGCUCAACGAAGUCAUCACGCGCGUGCGGGGACUCCAAGCGCAGUGCGACUCUGUCGUGGCCGAGAAGAAGCGCCUCAUCAUGGAGUCCGACUUGACGAGAGAACGGCUCAAGCGCGCCGAGAAGCUCACGGUCGGACUUGCCGAUGAACUUGUCCGGUGGAAGGCCAGCAUGGAGAAGAUGGUGGCAGACGAGCUAAACUUGGUGGGGGAUGUCUUUUUGUCGGCCGCAUCGAUCAGCUACUUGGGUCCGUUCGACUGCACGUUUCGGGCCAAGCUCACGCAUCUCUGGAUGCUCCAGUGCAAGGAAUUGCUUCCGUGCACGCCGGCAUUUUCCCUCUUGGACACGUGCUGCGACUCGGUCCAGCUGCGGGAGUGGCAGCUCCAUGGCCUUCCGACGGACAGUGUCUCGGGCGAGAACGCCAUCAUGCUCUUCCGGGGCGACCGGUGGCCGCUUUUGAUCGACCCGCAGCAGCAAGCGUCGACCUGGAUCAAGCGCAUGGAGCAGCCAUUCGGGCUCGACGUCGUCAAACUUCACGACAAGCAACUCCUUCGCACAGUCGAGACGUGCGUCCGCGACGGCCAUCCGUUGCUCCUUGAAGACGUGCAGGAAGUUCUCGAUCCGGCGCUCGACACCCUACUGCUCAAGUCGCUCGUGAAGCAGGGUGGCAAGUUCAUGCUUCGGCUGGGCGACAAGGACGUCCUGUACGACCGCAACUUUCGGCUGUACAUGGUGACCAAGCUCCCGAACCCGCACUACCUUCCCGACGUAUGCAUCAAAGUGAACACGAUCAACUUUACCGUCACGAAAGAAGGACUGGAAGACCAGCUCCUCGGCGACGUUGUGCGCAAGGAGCAGCCCGACGUCGAGCUCCGAAAGAACACUCUCUUGGCCAGCAUUGCCAACGAUCAAAAGAUCCUCAAGUCGAUCGAGUCUAAGAUACUGGCGCUGCUGUCCAACUCGCAGGGCAACAUCCUGGAUGACCAAGUCCUCAUCAACACCCUCGCCGACUCGAAACAAACAGCGACGGUCGUGUCGGAGCGCCUGGCGGAAUCGGAGGUGACCCGAGCCGAGAUCUCGGAGAUCCGCAACAAGUACCGCGGUGUGUCGUCGCGGGGAUCGAUCUUGUACUUCGUGCUAGCCGACCUGGCCGCCGUCGAUCCCAUGUACCAGUACUCGCUCGAAUACUUUUCCCGCCUGUUCAACCAGAGCAUGGACGACUGCGUCAAGGUGCUGGGCCAGCACAUUGACGCGCGCGUCGAGAUGCUCAUCGAGAGCCAAAUGUUCCUCGUGUACCGCAACGUUUGUCGAGGCUUGUUUGAGUCCCACAAGCUUCUGUUUUCGCUCUUGAUCUCCGUCCGCAUCGCGAUGGAAGCGGCGGUCGUGUCGCCAGCCGACGUCGCGCUCCUCAACCCUGUCGUUGUGGACCCACUCGCGAUUCGCCCCCAAGAGCUUGCCGAUGGCCACAUCACGUCAAAGCAAAUGGGCGUCGUUGAAACACUCGCGGCGUCCUGCUUUGCCAUGGAAGGGCUCCCGUUGUCGAUGCACAUGUACCCUGAGGCAUGGGGUCAGUGGAUUCGACACGAUGAUCCGUACUGCGCCGCCAUGCCGGACGACUUUGACGUCAAGUUGACUUCGUUUACCAAGCUGGUGCUUGUCAAGGCACUUCGCCAAGACCGCGGCAUCGCCAGUGCCGUCUCCUUCAUCGCACGCUCUUUGGGGCCGCAAUACACCAAGUCGCCGCCGUUCGUCAUGGCCGACAUUUUCGCCGACCUGUCCAAGACUGUUCCAUGUGUGUUUGUCCUUUCGUCUGGCGCGGACCCGACGAGCAUCCUGCAUCGAUUUGCGCAGUCCAAGCAAAAGGACGAUGCGCUGCAUGUUGUGUCCCUUGGACAAGGCCAAGGAGCGGUCGCGAGCGCACUCAUUGCCCAGUGCGCCAAGAGUGGCGAGUGGGUGCUGCUACAAAACUGCCACCUGGCCAAGUCGUGGAUGCCGGCGCUGGAACAUAUCCUCCACUCGCUCCGCGUCGACCCCAGCGACGUCCACGAUGACUUUCGCCUCUUCUUGACGUCGUUUCCCGCCACGUACUUUCCCAUCGCGAUCUUGCAGUCGAGCGUCAAGGUCACGAACGAGCCUCCCAAGGGCCUCAAGCCCAACCUGCUCCGGUCGUUCGAGAUGGUGGUGACGGAUGACGCGCUCAGCCAGUGCAGUAAACCAGCGUGGAGAAAGCUUGUGUUUGGCUUGUGCUUUUUCCACGCAGUGCUCCAGGAGCGGGCCAAGUUUGGGCCGAUUGGGUGGACUCUCAGCUACCACUUCAACGACUCGGACUUGGAGACGGCCAUGGCGGUCUUGCGCACGUUUCUUGACGAGAACGACCAUAUUCCGUGGGAAGCGCUGCAUUACGUGACAGGCGAGAUCAACUACGGCGGCCGCGUCACGGACGAAUUCGACCGCCGGUGCUUGUUGACGAACCUCCAGCGCUUUUACUCGGCCGCGACGGUCGACGACGACGCGCCAGGCCGAUUCUUUACCACGACGUCCCAGGUAUACUUUGCCCCGGGAUACUGCACCACAGCAAGUCAGUUCCGCGACUUUAUCGAGUUGCUGCCGGGCCACGACGCCCCCGGCGUGUUCGGGCUCCACGAGAACGCCAACAUUGUGUUCCAGACGCAGGAAACAAAUGCCCUCUUCAACACGGCGAUGGCCUUGCAGUCCCGAGGGGCGUCCGCAUCGUCGACGCCGGUGGAGGAUAACAACGAUGCGAUUGUGCUACAACUUGCCGUCCAAGUCGAUGCGAAUCUGCCCAAGUUGCUCGAGAGGCCCGCUUCCGAGAUGCCGCCCCCUCCAACGGCCCUCAUGGACUCGCUGACCACCGUGCUCGGCCAAGAAAUGGUGAAAUUCAACGCCCUCAUUCGCGUGGUCCAGCUGUCCGUGGCGCAGCUCCAGCUCGCCGUGAAGGGUGUCGUCACGAUGAGCGAAGCGCUAGACUCGACGUACAAGAGCUUGCUGCUCAAGCAAGUGCCUCCCGAGUGGCACAAGGUCGGGUUCGCAUCGCUCAAACCGCUCUCGUCUUGGCUCGUCGACCUCGUCGAGCGAGUCCAAUUCUUUCGCGAGUGGCUCGAGCAUGGCCAGCCGACGACGUUUCCGCUUCCUUCCUUCUUCUUUCCCCAGGGGUUCCUCACCGGCGUGCUGCAGAACCACGCGCGAAAGCACCUCGUGCCCAUCAACACGCUCGAGUUUUCCUUUGCGAUUGACCCCCCCGACUUGGUUGUAGCCGACGGCGCGAUCGUGACAGGACUGUUUCUCGAAGGCGGCCGGUGGGACGGCGACCGCAAAGUCCUCACGGAUGCGCGACCGAACGAAAUGCUGUCGGUGCUACCGCCGAUCCACUUUCUCCCUAACGUUGCGGUCACACAUGGCCAGAGCAAGGCCGGCACAUGGUACGACUGCCCCGUGUACAAGACAACUGCGCGAAGAGGCACACUGUCGACGACCGGCAUCUCAUCCAACUACAUCAUAUCGGUCCACCUUCCAUGCGACUUCACCGCUGCAUUCUGGAUUCUGAACGGCACCGCCCUUAUCGGCAAUUUGAACGCUUAGCCUGCUACCCCCAACCACGAAGUUAACGAUCGUCGUAAUGAUCCAAGUGUCACAAAGCUCAGCGGUCUCGAAUCCCGUGGAAACGAGUCGAUGGGCCUCCGAAUUUGUUUGGCGAGGCGGUGCAGGUGCCACCUCAAGGUGCGAGGCCAUGCCCCAAGGAAUGUGCCAACAGUGGCCGCUCUCAUGUCAACGCAAUCACACAGAUGCUCUCAUGACAGGGCAUCUGGUCCAUCUGGUCAACAACGCGCCUCUGGAACAUGACGCCCGUCGGGGGGGUGUUGGGCGGUGCAACUAGAUCGUGGC